AUGGCCUUGGAGGCAGACAGCGACAGAGGUUCAUCAAGAAGCGCUCAUGAAAAAUAUCCCCGGGCAGCGUUGGAGCGCAACGGCUACGUGAGGACAUGUGUCACCCCGUUGUACCAGGACGCACGGAGCCAGUCGUGGCUGAGACUCGCCGUGACAUGGACUUGCCGAGGAGUGUCGUCUGCGGUCUACGUUGUCUCCGUCUCCGUUAUCCUCGCUCUGCUGCUCAGAUUGGUCGACUGGGAUGCAGGCAGCAGCAGCAAAGGAAAUAGCAGCGGCUCCCGUCCUCAUUUCGCGGCGGGCUGCGCUGUGGAGCUGCUUCUGACUGCGUCUUACUGCAUCUCCCCCGUUUUUACACUCGUAUGUGCCUUCUUCUGGGUCGGACUGUAUCUGAUUCGCUGCAGGGUGCUCACCCGUACCGCGGUUUUUUUGUUAACGCUGUGCCACUUGGGCGAAGCCGCGGCGCAGUCCCUCCUGCGCGGCGCCGAGGAACAGCUGCUGUCGUUGCCCGCAACCCUGGUUGUCCUCGGCUGCCUGGGUAGCGGGGCUCUGCUGGUCGUCCGGCUGCGUCAGGGAGUGUCCAUCCUCCUCUUCAUUAGCGUCAUCAGGGCCGUCUCCCUCGUCUCUCUGAGCCGAGUCCGGGCCAGCUGGAGACCCUACCUGGCCUACCUGCUGGGACUGCUGGGGGUUUUGCUUGCGAGGUAUGCUGACCGGCUCCUGCCGGCCCCAGGGACCAGCGGGACGGGGUGCUGUGGCUCUGUGACCGGGGCGAAGGAGGAGGACAUCCCUGUCUUCAAAAGGAGACGGAGGUCCAGCUCCAUAGCGGCCUCGGAAAUGAUGGCUCACAGUCAGAGCAACAGCAAGUCCCACCGCAGGACUUCGCUGCCUUGCAUUCCGCGGGACCAGUCUUCGGGUACCAGCGUGGUAGUGGACAUCGCGGUGAUGGGUGAGGCCCACGGUUUGAUCUCAGACCUGCUGGCAGACCCCUCGCUGCCCCCUAACACCUGCAGCUCUCUGAAGGCCGUCAGCAACCUCCUUAGCACCCAGAUCAGCCUCCAGCCGCUCCACCGGCCUCGCGUACCUGCAGACACACACACCUGCUCUGACUCUGAGGAGGGGCCGGAAAAAGCAGAGAGACUGGCCAUUCCAAAGCGUCUAAGACGGAGUCUGCCCCCAGGACUGCUUAGGAGAAUCUCGUCGACAUGGACCACGACCACCUCAGCAACAGGGCUGCCGACCAUCGAGCCUGGCCCGGUUCGCCGCAACCGCUCAGCCAGCAUCAAACACACAACAGACAGCGAUUCAUGGAAUAACUCAGUGAUGAUGACCAUCUCAAAGAGUCGCUCCAUGUCUGCCUCCUGUGCUGCCUCUGUCACAUCCAACCACAUCUACAGCAAACCACUUGGAAGACCAGGUUUACCCCCCUCCAACGUGUCACCUCUGGCCUCUCCUUGCCCGUCUCCUCCCGUCCAGGGGACUCCUGUCUCCAGCCCCACUACAAAGACAUGUUCAGUGCAGCUUCCUGAGCUGGCUGGGCCCCUGACAGAGAGGACCCCUGGCUCUGUGGCCCCCAAGAGCCACCACAGAGCCUUAACUCACAGCCAGAGUGCCCCGAGCUCCACCACCCCUCACUGGCGACCUCCGCUGCUCUGCGGCAGCUGUGGCAGGCCAUUCAACAAUCGACUAAACCAUGGCGUAGAAUCUGUUGACAAAGGAGACAGAAUACCCCAUCCAGAUGAGCGUGCCGUAGCUUCUUCGGACUACGACAGCACCUACGACAGCACCUACGAGACCAACCACAGUGACAGCAGCGACUUUGCACAGAAUGAAGAGGAUGGAGAAGGAGGCAAGAAGCCACCUGAAGCAAGGGAAGGUUGCAGGGAGUAUUUGGCAGAGGGUAUCGUUCUUCACCCGCUCCUGCCAUCACCGGAGGACAAGCCGGUCCUGGCCCAGGUGCCUCUGCUGAUGGAGGGGCUAGAGCCUCUGAUGAGUCAACUCAACAACUGGAACUUUCCCAUUUUCAGUCUAGUGGAGAAGACCCACAGCAAGACAGGCUGCAUCCUCAGUCAGGUCUCGUAUAGGCUCUUUGAGGACACCGGCCUGUUUGAGACCUUCAGAAUUCCCGUACAAGAGUUCAUGAACUACUUCCAUGCUUUGGAGAAUGGAUACAGGGUCAUCCCUUAUCACAACCGGAUCCAUGCCACUGACGUACUUCAUGCGGUUUGGUACCUCACCACGCAGCCUGUGCCAGGCCUGCCCGCCCUGCUGACUGAGAAUGGGAUACACAUUGACUCAGAGAAUGGCAUUACACCUGGUGCCACAGGCUUCCUGGUGUCCAAGAUGAACUCUGUGCUGGAGGAAAGCUAUGGCUCCCUGGCUGGCCUUAUCCCUGCCUUGGAGCUCAUGGCCCUGUAUGUAGCCGCUGCCAUGCACGACUAUGACCAUCCCGGAAGAACCAACGCCUUCCUAGUAGCUACCAGUGCACCACAGGCUCUUCUAUACAAUGAUCGUUCAGUCUUGGAAAAUCACCAUGCGGCAUCAGCGUGGAACCUCUUCAUGUCUCGACCUGAGUAUAACUUCCUGGUUAACCUUGAACAUGUGGAGUUCAAGCGCUUCCGCUUCCUAGUCAUCGAAGCCAUCCUGGCCACCGACCUCAAAAAGCACUUUGAUUUCCUUGCAGAGUUUAAUGCAAAGGUGGGUGAUGAAGGAGUGUCCGGUAUUGAUUGGACCAACGAAAACGACAGAUUGCUGGUGUGCCAGAUGUGCAUCAAGCUAGCUGAUGUCAAUGGGCCGCUGAAGUGUAAGGAGCUGCACCUGCAGUGGACGGAGGGGAUCGUCAACGAGUUCUACGAACAAGGUGACGAAGAAGCAAGCCUGGGACUUCCCAUCAGCCCAUUCAUGGACCGGUCCGCUCCGCAGCUCGCCAAACUACAGGAGUCGUUCAUCACUCACAUUGUGGGACCUCUGUGCUCUUCCUACGACUCUGCUGCCCUUAUGCCAGGCCGUUGGGUUGACCCACCUGUGGAAGAGACGGAGCAAGAGGAGGCAAAGGAAGGACAAGAUACAGAAGAGGAAGGGGAGGAUAUGGCAGAUGAGGACGCAUCAACAAGUUCUGACACCUCCCAGCGACAAGAGACCAAAAAGGUGAGCAGGCGGAAAGUGUUUUGCCAGAUCACACAGCAUCUUUUGGAAAACCAUGAAAUGUGGAAAAGAGUCAUUGCUGCAGAAGCCCAGGAGGAGGACAAGAAAGACGACCCGAACUGCAUUAGCAGCCCCACUGAUCCAAUCACAGCCAUUCAUGAGGAAGAGGAGGAGCAAGCAAGCAAAGAGGAGGAGUCGACUGACUGCCUUGAUGAAAGGGAAGAGGUGCCGGCUAUAGAGGAAGAGGAAAUCUUUCUGCAAUCGGAGACUUCAGGGCAAAUAGAGGAGGAACCAGAGUGAUAUUAUAAACUUUGGCCUCCUCAUAAACCAGGAAUCUGAACGUUGUCUAAAAAUGUUUGUUUCUUUCCUAACUAAACUCUUGAUAUGGUAGCCAGCACAUCACUUUGACACAACACUGUAGAAGAUGUUUUGGGUAAUAUGUGCCUAACAAAAACUGGGUUUGAGGACAGGGAUGAUGCAUGCCCAGGUCAUCUGACAAAGGGAGGGAGGUGAGAUGAGCAAAAGAUGAAGGGACUAAGAAGUAGAGGGAAAAGAUGUACAAGAAAAAAAGAAUGACUGUGACGGUAUUUGUUUUUGUUGUAGUGUUUGUUUUAUGGAUCUGGUGCCCUGCCCUCACCCAGGCUGCCCAUCCUGCACUACGGGCCAAGCACGCUGAUUCACAGAUUCACUCCACCAGUGAGUAAUACACUGUCACGAGUCCACCCCACCCGCUACCCCACCUUUCUUGUUGCUCCGAUGCUAUCAGGACACUGUGGAGCCACCCAGCUUGUUGAGGAUGUGCAACAAGCCCCUUCUCCUUGAAGACAAUGGGAUGAAAGCCAGGGAAAAAGCUGUGUCCACUGAGGCUCAGCCAUGUGGAUUUCAGAAGGAGACGGAAAAUAGGGCCAGUUGUAGCACAUUGUGUGUACAGACACUCACCCAACACAAGCUUCACAGCCACAGACACACACACACACACACACACACACACACACACACACACAAUGCUACAGUAGAAACACAUUCCAUACUCAGAACAGAUAGGAAAUUUAACAAAGAACCCUGUUGCUUUAAAAGCUUUAUUCUCGCUCAAGGAAAAACAUACAAAACAAGGUUUUGUUCAUGUCAAACGAUGGUUGUCCUACUUUGCGUGUUUUCCCCCUAGCUUUUGUUCCUUGAAGACAUCUACAAGUUUCCAGCCACACAACUCAGGAAGCUAGAAACCUGUAGAAAAAAAAGGAAAGCUAUAAGAACUUCCAGUGUUCUUUUACUUGCCACUGUUUUAAGAUUUCCUUUCUGUGCUUUUUGUGGUUCCCUUUGUGAAUCACAAAGGAACCACAAGGGAAACAAGAUUAUUGAUCCCAUUAUACUGAAUAUCAUGAUUCUAUUUAAUUUCGUCUGCUUCCUCUGUGUCAGCCUCCCAUUGGUCCCUAUGCUAUAACACAGCAGAUCAUACUGUUAACCACACUAAUUUACAAGAUAUAAAACUACGUAAUAAGGUAAUGUGUUUGGUAAAUAUCAUUUGUGUCCACAUUUUAUGUCACCUCACAACUUGUUUGCUUAAUCUAGAAUUAGACAAGAAUUCUGUCUUCCUGGCAAUAUCAUUUAUAGCCUGGUAUGUAGGCCAAAUGUUUCAGAAAGUAAUCCUGUAAGCCAUAGUGGCAGUAGCGUAAGGUAGUAACAACGGGCCCGAGUGCAGGCUGUUAUGAUGGGCCCUUGGGCUAAACAGUUACGAAGCACACGCGUGCGCACACAUACACACACACACACACACACACACACACACACACACACACACACACACACUGUGUUCGUGUCUAGAAGUGAACCCUAUAAUGGCAAAUUUCUGUGCCUUGUUUCCUCGUUGUGCAUGGUUUAACAACUUAUUAGAUUAGAAGCAGUAAAUACCUAACCUACUUAAUUUAAAGCUCCUUAAAUCAAUUUCUUUUCAUAUUAACAUAUUAAAUUCAGCAGUUCUCUUUGUGUGCAUCUCUCUCCAACACACACACACUGCUGCUGCUGCAGCAGCUGUGUUGCGUGCGCCUAGACGCAGCAAUCUAAAGUGCCAUCAUGUGAUGGAUCUUAGAGUUGGACUGUGUCACCUAGACUUUUGUAUUUGCAAAGUAGGCAACAGAAAUCAAAGAUAAAGUUAUAAGGAGCAUGGCCAGUGCUGUCAUUGUCAAAAUCCUGAAAUGUCACUGCAAACAGCUGAGUGCAGGGGAGGUGUCCACUGUGCUGAAAUGAGGCAGAUUUUAUGGGCAUUUUCAGUACAAUAACCUCCCAAAUCACGGCAAACACAUUCGACAGAGAGGCAAGACAUUAUGGUGAAUAAGAAAGAAAAGUGGGCUACCCAUAACACAACACCAUGUCCUGAAAACAGGCCAGCAAAGGCGCACACACAAUUUAAUACCCACAAGCACAUCCACACAAACAGGUGCUCAGCAGCGACAUGUCCCCGAAAUGAUAAACAGUGGCACGGCAGCUGCACCAAAUCCGCUGAAAAAGCACUUAUAAAGUUACUCACCUAUUUGAAAGGCAUCCGACGAGCCUGCAUUGAGCGAAAUCUUUGACAAUAUCCUCAGUAAAAAAUCCAAAACAAUCUUAUUUGGGAGCUUUGCGACCCUCUCCUCCUGUUCUUUUCUCUCCUGUCUCUUCUUAAAAUUACUUUUAUGUUUGAAUGGCAUGACUGCAAGCUUGCUCUACUAGUCUACUUGUCAGAUUUUGCAUUUCACCUGGUUUCUGGAGUCUUGUUGUCUUGUCACUAGAUUGGGCAGCCAUACACAUAUUACCCAGCAAUCAUCACUGCAUAUGUGGGCUAUGUGACAUGAAUACCAAAGAAAAUAAGUAAUAACUAAAAUCAUUCUGUGGAAUCUGUGGAAUAAAUUUUUUUGUUUUUUUAUAUUUCACCGUUUACCUUAUAGCAUACUGCUUGCUACUUUUGUCUUGACAAAAGUCUGUGGUGUCAGACACCAUGGCAAAGGAGGAAAUGCACAUCUGAGUGUAUAUCUACCACUCUCUGUUAAUAUAAAAAGUUUGAGGUGAGCUGGGUGUCUACUGUCAUGAUGAUGAGACUAGAUGAAUUUUCACUAUGUAACUGACAAAGUCCAGCUCGUGACAUGGUGGGGCUGCUCCUGUCACGGGCCCCCUGUAUAGUGCAAUUCAGUGCAGCUUCACUGUCUGCACUGUCAAUACCUACGUCCCUGCAUAGUGGCCUGGGCCAGAGCUGACUCACAGCUCCAAAUCACCCAAGAGGAUAUACAGUACGUCAAUAAGACAUUUAAAAAAGCUACCCUGUGGAGCCUAUUGCCAUCCAGGGGAAGCUGUGUACCCACAAUAUAUUAUCUGCAAGCCUCAAUUGGAUCCAUAUCAUUCAAUCUUUCAUUAUUUUGUUGCACAAAAAAGGCAAAGAAUUUAUUAUUAACCUUUUCUGAGCCAUGGAACCCAGUUUACUUACUAUGACUUACUCAAAUACUGUCAAAUUUAGGAUUAGUGGCGUGCAAGCCUCAUGGUCUCAAAUAUGGUUUUCUGUAAUCUUCUGUGACACUGUCAGGGUUUACCUACACUGAGGAAAUCAAGUUGAGUUUUAGAAGCAGUCGAUCCUCACUGACAGCAAAUAAAAAAGGCACAAUGAUAGAUGUAAGACACAGACAAUGAUCUGCGGUCACUGCAAAUCUGCAUAGUUCCUUUUUAUUGUAACAUAUUUUGGUCAAAAGUUCUACAGAGUAAGCCGACAGUUCCAUUGAAAUCUGAUCGUAGACCAGCAGACUCACCACAUCUCUAGAUUUCUUUUCUCUCCAUUUGUAGUCACUGAUGACAUUACAUACAGCUUAACAGGUUGUGUCAGUGCUCUCCUUUGAUGUCUUUAAAGAUUUAGAUUGGUGGUGAUGGAGGAAAGUGUGAACAAGGAGAACAGCCUUAGUAAUGAGGCUUAGUAAUGAAAGAGGAAGGAAGAGAGAGAGAAGCCUCUUAGCUUGACUUGCAGCUGUGUCAGAGGGGUCUCAGAUAUUUUUUCAAAUUUCAACAGAUUCCACUCGAUGUAACUCUUUGAAGAUGAGCCAGUUCAGUCGGAUUCAAAGUCAUGUGAUGAUCUAUGUCUGCAAAAAGUCUGAAAGGAUAUGCAGUAUGGUAUAUUUGAGCUGACAUCAGAAAAGCAACACGGGCACUUGUUAAGUCACCAUCAACAUUCAAAAACAAAAUAGCAAACAGUCAAUAUCAAGCUGUGCAAGUCGCGAGUUGCAGGUGAGUUCCUGGGUGAGGGUCGACCACUCUGAUCGCUACUGUUUUGAAAUUGAAACAGCAACAAUGACAUGAAAACCUCAAUGACAAAGAACACAAGAUAGAAAUACACAACAUCCACUAAGGACAUAAAACACUUUAUGCAACCAGUCCAUUAGACAGUAUUCACAUACGCUGGAUAAAAACAGACUGAGCAAUCUAUUAAACACUUGCCCUACUGUGACCUAAUUUCUUAACUCAUUUAGAGUUUUGCUAACGUUAAUACUGUCUAAAUCCUCGGCUGUAUCCAUUGCACUGUUAUCAAAAUGCCCAUUGUGCAAAGGAUGGCUAAACUGUGCAACAUAAUGCCCUUGACUGCUUAUUCCCUGUACUUACAAAAGGGCGCAGUGGUUGAGCUUGUUUUUACUGCUAUGAAAAAGGAAGCAUGUGUUAACCAAAGCCUGAGCGUAUUGUUCGUGUUUAGUUCAAGUUUUGACCUCUUAAAAGUCUGUUUUUUAUUUUAUUUUUGAUAGCUAUUGCAGACAUUCAAAGAUGGAAUUUUUAUUUUGAAACACCCAAUUGGGUUUGGCUGUACAAAUCAAUUAAAAGCGAAAUGCCCUAAUGUUUAUUAUGUUGCUCAGCAACAGAAGAAAGUAAAAGUCUAAUCCCUGAAACAAUGUGUGUCUUACCUGCCAACACAAAUGGUAGCAGCGUAUUUGUAGCGUAUGCAGCAAGAUGCAGGAAGUGCCCUCCUGGACCAAAUGUCUUCCAAUAGCCUCUCCUUGCAUUGGCUUGUCAUACUACCUGUAGCAGUGAAAAUGAUCUUUAAACACCAGCUGAUACACCACUGGUCUGUGGGUCAUGUAAGGCAUUGACUGAGGUCUUUUAGUUGAGCAUUUCUGAAGCUCUGUACAGAAAUGUAGCUUUCAAACCUUAGUUAUUCUAAAAAUAACCAUGACUGUAAAAAGAUUUUGAUGAAAAAUGAAUGAGCUUGAGCUUCAUGCACUGUAAAUACCCUUCGCACCAUACAGUAUAUCAAUGCCUCACUUACAAUCUAAUGUGCAUCCUAUUGCUAUGUAUUUCCCACACUUGUACCAUCCCAUGCUCCAUCUCUGUGUUUAGAAAUGUGUCAGCUUUCUCACACUCCCUUCACUUAUUUGCUUGAAUUUUGUGUGAUCAGAGAUUUCAAAGCUCACUAGGGAUUGAGUUAGUUAAAAUAGACUCUCCCCUCCUCUGAUCUCCCAGUCCUGCCUCACUAACUUUAUACACUACAGUGCAUCAAUCAAAGAGACUUAAUCAAAGCUGUGAUAGAAUUUACGGUCACUAUUUUUGUCAUAAACAAUCCAAAAUGAAUGAGACAUAUGGGGGUAGUCAACUGGUCAAGUUUCCAUUAAUUGUUUAAGAGCAGGUUUCAGUUCUUGUUGCAAUGAAAUUAAAGGACCAUGCCAGCGUUUUUGCAAAAAUCUUUGCUUUACUACAACUCAUUUAUACUUAACCAUUUUCAAAUGCCAUUGGAUUUUUUAUUUCUCUACAGCAUGAUAAUGUAUUGGCACAGUUCAGUACAGUGAACAUUUGUCUGUAUUAAUUUGCAUUGUUAUACAGUUUAAGUGUAGACUAAUUUGAAAACUAAGCACUGCAUUACUUCACAACAACACUGCAACUUGGAAACAUAAUGCAGACUCGAUGUUUGUUGGGGUGGAUCACAUAACUCAAACACAUUUAAAGAGUAUGCCAAUAGAUUUUCAUGUUUCAUCAACAUGGGCCACUGGUUUGUAUAAGGCAAUUGCAUGGCAUUCAUAAAUCCCGUUUUGCAAUAUCUUUGUCUAAAAACUGGGCCAGGAAAAAAGUACAGGGUCUACAACUAAAUUAUGUCCGUUUCUUGAAGCCAGUACCAGUGGUUUCUUUUAAAUGAUGAGAAGAAGGGGAUUGUUGCACACUAGAUUAACUUGUGCAAACCAAAGAAACUUUUUGAGCUGUGUUUUUUUGUGAUUUGCACAAAAUUAGCCCUAUUAGCCCUGUUUCUUGCAUCUUCUUAUUUGUCAGUUUUGUCCAGAACCAAGGCACAGUGUCUGGAUAUGCAUAUACUUUGUAACAGUUCUCAUGUGAAGACUUUACUGUCUGUUAUUAUUUCACUGCCGUGUCAGUACGCAGCAGUAGCACUUCAAUGGAACUGACCAACUGUUCUCAGACUGAAGCCCAGACCCAAGUUUCUUUUGAUGGUUUGAACCAAAAACAUUCCUUUUUGUAUUGUUUGUUGUUUCAGCCAUUUUAAAAAGGCGCUCCUGUGCCAUAACAGUUUUCAUAUGUAUGUAUGUAUGUAUGUAUACAUUGUUUGAAUGCUGUAUUCGUCAGCUUUCCUUGUUUGUCACAAAGGAAACCAAAACAAACUUUUUUUCACCACCUUUAAAGCAAGACAAACAAGACUGGUAUGUUUUAUCUACCAUAACAGGCACUUCACUCAAUUAUUGACUCAAUUAUUUUCUUCUCUCCAGUAUCUUGCACUUAACACAUGUAGCAAUACCUACAGGAUGGGGAAAUUGUGUGAUUCACCAGUAUUUGUUUAAGUGAAAUAUUACAUUUUAUUUCUAGAUAUUGUUUGACUUUGUAUAAAAAUAUAUACUGUACAGAUUCAAAAGUAUAUUAUAACAAAAAACUUUUAGAAAAAUAUUUAUUUUUACUGUUUUGUAAUUUAGACACAAUACUGUAGCUCCUCUAUUGCCAGACUUACUGGAAGUGCCUCUCGAUAAUGUAUUACAAAGUAACUAUACAAUAUAUUGGGAUUAUUAGAACAUGUCACUAGCAGAGCAGUGUUGAUGUUGUAAUGUGAAUAUUGUUGAAUAAUAACAUUUAUAAAUGCUG